CGAGUUCUAGCAAAAAGAGCACAAGCAAGCACCAAAAGGCGAAGCAACAGUAAAUCGAGCCCCAGUAAAAGCAAAGUUCUAGCAAAAGAGCAAAGCAAAGCACCAAAAAAAGCAAAGCAAAGCACCAAAAAAGUAAAAUAUCACAAAGACAAGGCAGCAGCAAGCGAUGCACCAAAAAGCAAAGUUUUAGCAAAAGAGCAAAUACUAGAAACCAGUACCAGUAAAAGCGAAGUUCUAGCAAAGUACCAGAAAAGCAAAGCACCAUUUAAUAUUACCAGUGAAAACGAUAACACAAGAGAAUUGAAAGCAUUAACAAACAAUGACACGUCACCUGCAGAAUGA